GGCGGGGACCCGACCCAGAAGCGGGCAGCGCCAGGACUCGCCGCCGCCGCGGGACUCGGACAGCCCCGCAGCGCUCCGGCUCCUCCUCCUCUCGCGACCGCCCUCCGCAGCGAUGGACGGAGACGGUGACCCAGAGAGCGUGGGCCAGCCGGAGGAGGCAAGCCUGGAGGAGCAGCAGGAGGAGGCGUGCGCGGAGGAGGCAAGCGGCGGAGAGGAGCGGCCGGAGGAGGAAGAGGAGGAGGAGGCGGCGUACCUGGACGAGCUGCCCGAGCCGCUGCUGCUGCGUGUGCUGGCCGAGCUGCCCGCCGCGGAGCUGGUGCAGGCCUGCCGCCUAGUAUGCCUGCGCUGGAAGGAGCUGGUGGACGGCGCCCCCCUGUGGCUGCUCAAGUGCCAGCAGGAGGGGCUGGUGCCCGAGGGUGGCGCGGAGGAGGAGCGCGACCACUGGCAGCAGUUCUACUUCCUGAGCAAGAGGCGGCGCAACCUGCUGCGCAACCCGUGCGGGGAAGAGGACUUGGAGGGCUGGUGCGAUGUGGAGCACGGUGGAGACGGCUGGAGGGUGGAGGAGCUGCCCGGAGACUGUGGGGUGGAAUUCAUUCACGAUGAGAGCGUCAAGAAAUACUUCGCCUCCUCCUUUGAGUGGUGUCGCAAAGCUCAGGUCAUUGACCUGCAGGCAGAGGGCUAUUGGGAGGAGCUGCUGGACACCACUCAGCCGGCCAUCGUGGUGAAGGACUGGUAUUCGGGCCGCAGCGAUGCCGGCUGCCUGUACGAGCUCACGGUGAAGCUGCUGUCGGAGCACGAGGACGUGCUGGCUGAGUUCAACAGCGGGCAGGUGGCAGUGCCGCGAGACAGCGAGGACGGCGGCUGGAUCGAAAUCUCCCACACCUUCACCGACUAUGGGCCUGGCGUCCGCUUCGUCCGCUUCGAGCACGGAGGACAGGACUGCGUCUACUGGAAGGGCUGGUUCGGGGCCCGGGUGACCAACAGCAGCGUGUGGGUGGAGCCCUGAGUGACCCCUCCUCUAGCCUCCCCCAGCUGCCCUGGAGGGGCAGAGCCCCGGGGGUGCAUAUAUAGGCCUUGGUAGCAUCCUCACCUUCCCGACCCCACGCACUUCUCUUCUGUCCCAAACUCCAAGCCCACCCCCCACGAAAGGGAGACAGGGUUUGUUGGCGCAUAUUUGCAUCUAGAAGAUAAGAUGGGUGAGGGCCUGGGCUGAGCCCACCGCUGAAUCCCCCGAACCUAGCACAGUGCCUGCCACAAAGCGGGUGCUCAAUAAAUAUUAUUUGUCCAAGGAAGGAAUGAAUGAACAAACGGA